UCCUGGUUCUCCGCCUGUGGCCGCUCCCACUUGUUCUCAGCCAGUGGCUGGCGUAGCUGGAGCCGCGAGCGGCUCCGUGGGCGGAGCCAAUUAACCCUUCGCCGUCUCCGGUUGCACGAGGGUCAAUGACGUCCGCGCAGCAAAUGGGUCGGAGCGAUCCCGCCGAGAGUGCAGAUGUUAGUUUAGCUGGUUUUUAACUUGUACAAAAGUAUCUCGGAUUUAUUUUCUCCUCCUCCUCCUCCUUCUUCUUCGUCUCCUUCUUCAAGGCCACCUGCUGUAUCAGACAGGAAACGUUACGCAUCGAGGCCCCUCCGGAGGCUGGAAUAAGCACUCACUAUGUCUGAUGGGGACUACGAUUACCUCAUCAAAUUUCUAGCCCUCGGUGACUCCGGCGUGGGGAAAACCAGCUUCCUGUACCAGUACACCGACGGGAGGUUCAACUCCAAGUUCAUCACCACCGUGGGAAUAGACUUCAGAGAAAAGAGAGUGGUCUACACAUCCAACGGGGUGGAUGGAACCGCAGGGACAGGGAGAGGACAGAAGAUUCACAUUCAGCUGUGGGACACGGCGGGACAGGAGCGAUUUCGAAGUUUGACGACCGCCUUCUUCAGGGACGCCAUGGGUUUCCUGUUGCUGUUUGACCUCACGAAUGAGCAGAGUUUCCUGAACGUCAGAAACUGGAUGAGUCAGCUGCAGAUCCACGCUUACUGCGAAAACCCAGACAUCAUCCUUUGUGGAAACAAAAGCGACCUUGCAGACCAGCGGGUGGUCAGUGAAGAGGAGGCCCGUGAGCUGGCAGAGAAGUAUGGAAUCCCGUACUUUGAGACGAGCGCAGCCAGCGGGCAGAACGUCAGCCGGGCCGUUGACGUCUUGCUGGACCUCAUCAUGAAGAGGAUGGAGCGAUGCGUGGACAAGUCCUGGAUCCCCGAGGGGACCGUCCGGGCCAACGGCGCCACCAGCGCGGACCUGAUGGGCGACUCAGACAGGAGCAAAUGUGCAUGUUAGGCUCCAACAGCAAGGAGUGGCCGUUUUAUUUUAUUUUCUCUCUCUCUCUCCAAAAUAUUGGUCAGGGGUGGGUUACAUUUGAUAAGAUAUCUAACUCAUCGUAAAAUCAUUUUUAAUGAGAGUACAUAUUUUAUUUAAUAUGUCUACCGAGCAUAACUGCAAACCACUGUCCCGCAGAACGGUGCGUUACUGUUGUGUCGCUAAUUUCUCUCUUCUGUGUCGUAGCAGAAGUAUUCAAGUCAACUGGGAAGUGGAUUUGUUUCUUAAAAUGCCUUAAAUAUCCAACACUGAUCAGACCACUGUUCAUAUGUCCAGAUUUAACUGUUUUGUUUCCUGUCGCCUGUGGCCCACAUCCGCAGUGUUGCAAAGCCGGUAACGCCGUUUGCUUUCUAUCAUGUCAGUUUGCACUCACAUAGAGAGUACCGCAAUAAUCCAAGUCACCAAAGUUGACUCAGCUUACUGAGACCAGAGAAAUGUUGACUGAUGUUAAUCAUAGUCGCCUCAUUUCCUGUUUGUGCGAACAAGUCGGCUGCAGUUGAACUUGUGGACUUGGGCAACUUUUCAGCAUCCGUCCAUGUACGCCUGCCAUGCAGCAGAUGCUGUGGGGAUAUUUUCCUGUGGCGUGAGCAAGGACCUAGUUCCUACGAUCCAUUCAGUGUUGUUGCUAGCAGUGUAGAAGCAGGUUUUCCACUUUAGCAAGUAUAGAAAAUGUUUUCCCAAGGAACACUUGUUGUUUUGUCUGCAUGCAGAAAUCAAACAGAUGCAUUGACAGCUGCGUUGAAAGACUUCCAGUGACUCAAAAAAACUAUCCACCGAUCAAAAUAUUGGCCCUUGGCAGCAUGUUAAGCAUAAAUGGAUUAGAGAAAUCAAAUCACUUUUCAGAGCAAAUAAGGAAUGUUGUUGACUUAAUACGAGCACACAACAUUUCAGUUUGUCUGCAUUAUACAAGUUAAAUGGUGGGAGGUGUUGCAACUUUGCCAUGAUGUAGAGAAAGUAAAAUGUAAUAAAAAUUUAAUAUAUUCUGGAAAACAUGUAAAAAAAAUGCAGCCAUGACAAUUAAAUAUGCAAUGAUUUAAUGAGGUAAGAUGGAUUCACGCUGCGAGUCAAGUGAUGUCUACCUGGAUGGAAAUCAAAAUCUAAGCCAGUCUAGUUAACAUUUCAGCAAAGUAGUGUAUCUUUAAAGUGUUCACCUACCUUAUGUUGCACAUGUUGUUCCACUGUAUAAAAAGAUGUCAAAGUACAUUUAAGAUUUUGGUGUUGAUCUGAAACCUAUGUAAGAGAGGGAGGAAAUAUUAUUCCUGUUAAGAAAAGAAAAAUCCAAAACUGGUUUGUAUAAAAUAUUUUGUCCCAUAUUUUAUAUGGCCUAAAGGGCCUCAAACAUGAAUACAGGCUUCCCUCAAUACCAUGCGUUUCUAAAUAAAAAGUGAAUUAUC